AUGGCAGACGCGGCUGCAGCCAUAUCCACGAUCCAGUCCAUGCAGAUUGCACUGCAGUUGUUGCAGACAAUUACACCAACUGCUUGGCAAUAUCCACCUCAGUGCUCCGUACAAGAUGGAGACUCUUUUGACUUUAUCGUCGUGGGUGGUGGAUCGUCAGGAUCAGUUGUAGCCAGCAGACUCACAGAAAACGAAGAUGUUAACGUACUACUAAUUGAAGCAGGAGGAUAUCCACCAAUUGAGUCUGAGUAUCCAGCAUGGUUUACGCUACUGGCGCGGUCAGUAUACGACUACAACAUAACGUCGACAGAUGAUGGUAAGACAGCACAAAAUCUUCAAGGAAAGGUUGUCACCCUCAAUCAGGGUAAAAUGCUCGGAGGCAGCAGCUCACUCCACCACAUGAUGCACACCAACGGCGACCCUGAAGACUACAACGAGUGGGCAAGAAUGCUUAAUGACGACAAAUGGUCUUUCAAAUACGCCCAAGAGUAUUUAAAGAAAAUGGAAACGCUCAUAGAUCAAGAUCUUCUACCACCAGAGGAUAUAGCUUGUCACGGCACAGAUGGACCUCUAGAAGUAGCUAAAGACACACGCACGACCAAUGAAAAAUACUUAAAGGCAUUUGAAGAACUUGGGCACAAGAUUGUUUCUGAUAUAAACGCAGCCACUCCAGCUGUCGGGUACACUGAGAACCUGUUUGAAAUCGCUAACGGAUUCCGUCAAAGUAGUGCUUUAGGCUACUUGGGCCGUGCUAGAAACCGUCCCAACCUAUGCCUGGCUUUAUCCAGUUCCGUCACAAAGAUCCUCAUUGAAGACCAAAAGGCUGUAGGAGUCCAAGUGAGUACAGCCAAUGGAAAGACAUACAAAGUAUAUGCGGAUAACGAAGUAAUUGUAUCAGCUGGUGCCAUCAACAGCCCUAAACUACUUAUGUUAUCUGGAAUCGGACCAAAAAAGCAUCUCGAAUCAUUUGGCAUAGACGUUGUUGCUGACUUACCAGUCGGACAAAACUUGCAAGAUCAUGCCUGCGCUGCAAUAGUAGUCAAAACGGAUAAAUGUGAUGCUACCACGCCGGCUGCUAAUCCACACCAAUUCCCAGCACCAUCUUUCAAUGGCUACGUCUCACUAGAUAAUUCAACCACAACCGCUGAUUACGAUACAAUAAACUUAGAGUUCCAAUGCGGUUCAAGCGACAUUUUACAGUUGAGUGUCAACAUGUUUAGCUACUCCUACGAUGUCUCUCAGACUAUCUUUGAAGCUACAAAAGAUAGGAAGGUGAUAUUUACUUUACUAGGUUUGGUGAUGCCCAAAUCUCGUGGUCAGGUACUCUUGGCGAGCACGGACCCUGCAGUGAAUCCUCAAGUUUACACAGGCAUGUUUAGCAAUGAAGAUGAUAUCGAUUUGAUUGCCAGAGCAUUUAUGGACCAUGUGAAAGUUCUGGACACUACAUACUUCAAGAGUGUUAAUGCUAGUUUGGUUGAUAUGGGGGUGUGCAAGGAUGCAAAAACUGAGUAUGAAUUCUGGAGGUGUUACGCUGUAGCCAUGUCUGCAACUAUGUGGCACUACGGUGGCACUUGUGCAAUGGGAAAGGUACUGGACAGUGACUUGAAUGUUUUAGGAGUAGAUUCAUUACGUGUGGUUGAUGCUUCUGCCAUGCCGACUCUGAUUCGAGGCAAGUUAUAUGCGGGAGUCAUGAUGUUAGCCGAGUAUGGAGCUGAUAUCAUCCGUAAGGACUGGGGUAUUUAG